AAUUUAUGAGCCGGGUCAAUAGCAGCAGCAGCAUCAAUCUUUUCAAGAAGGUAGGGGGACUCCUGCGAUCCACCCCUCUUCUGGCUACCUUUGUUUCUCUUAUUCAGUAAUCCAGCAGGACUCCUAGCUGCACAUCAGCUGAAAAAAUUGGGGAUACCCAUAGCACGGAACCGGCAGAUCCUCGGCACUAACUUGCCUCUGACCUCAGGAGCGCAGCUUUUUUUUUUUUUUUUUUUGGAGAAGAGGAGGAAGAGUCGCACCUGAGAGCCCGAAAGGCAGAAAGAAAGAGAGCGCGAGAGAAAGCGCGAGAGAGAUCGGGGAGGGAGCGAACAAAGAGGCUUUGAGGAUGCUCUAACGAUGCCGCGGGCGGCCACUCGUCCUCACGGAGCCUUCUGGGAAGGGCGUUGCUGGCCGAAAUCAUGCUCCAAAUCUUUCCUCGGCGCGCCAAGCGGAGAGAUCAGAGGCAAAACACAACCUAAGCCCAGGAGCGCUCCGGAGCAAAGAAACCAUCCCGUGAAAGGGAUCAAGUCGGGUUCGGGAAGGGCCUUAACGCAGGAGAGCGCCGUACGAAAGCUGCGCGUCGGAGGAUGGCUGGUCCACCUGCCUCGUCGCUCCUGGUGGCGGUCGUGUGGCUGCUGGCGUUAAAAGGCGGCCACCCCUCCUGGGGAAGGCAGAGCGAAAGCCGGUCCGCGGCAUCCCUGGACGGGGAGCCCUGCGGAGUUAGCCAAGCCAGAGCCACGACUCUCCCUCAACACCCUUAUGCGAGCUACCCACGUCUGACUGUGGGAGCGUCGGCGUCGGCGGGUCACAGAACGGCGCCCUCGAGGCUCCGCCGCUCUCCCAGUUCCGACGGGAGCAGCGUGGAAGACACGUGGGAAGAGAGCAACGUUUUCCCGCUACGCCAAAGCGCAAAAGCCGGCCCUUCUGCCCCAGCUGCGGAUUCCGUCGCUGCACUUUACUUCUCCGGCAGAGCCGAGCAACUACUGUUGCGGCCGGGAGCCCUCGCCGAGCUGCCCCGUGGCGAAUUCACCAUCGAAGCUUGGGUGAAACCCGAGGGCGGGCAGAGCAAUCCGGCGAUUAUCGCAGGUGUAUUUGACAAUUGCUCUCACAUUGGCAGUGAUAAGGGGUGGACUUUGGGCAUCCGUUCGGAGGAGAAUCCUGAAAGAAAGAAUGCCCGUUUCUUCUUCUCACUCCGUACAGACCGUAUCAAGAAAUCUGCCACUAUAUUGGCAUAUCACCGUUACCAGCUCCAUACAUGGACUCACGUGGCAGCCACUUACAGUGGGAAGGAGAUGCUUCUGUACGUCAAUGGCAGGCGGGUAGCUCGCAGUUCUCAGCAGUCUGGUGACCUUCACAGUCCCUUUAUGGCCUCGUGCCGCACUUUGAUCCUGGGAGGCAGCAACUCAGACGGACUCAAUUUCCGAGGCUACCUGGCUCUGCUAGCCCUUUGGAACAUUGCUAUGCCCCAAGAGAAACUUCAGAGAGCUUUCCUGGGAAAGUUUGAAGACAGAGAACUUUCCUUAUUGCUCAGUGCAAAGUUCAGCCAUUUGCAACAGCAGUGGGUAACAUUCAAGGAUGGAGUCUACCCACAAGUAGAGAUGAUAUAUAGACCAGAACCUCAAGUUCUGUCUCCACUUAUACCUCCACUCUGUGGACAGGCUGCCUGUGAUAAUGUGGAAUUGAUAUCUCAUUAUAACAGCCACUGGCCACUACGGAAUGAGAAAGUAGUGCACUAUCGGGUUGUCAAUAUCUAUGAUGAUGAUGGUCUCCAUCCUACUGUGAGUGAGGAACAGAUUGCCCACCAGCACCAAGCCCUGAAUGAGGCCUUUGGCCACUAUAACAUCACUUGGCAACUUAGAAUUCACAAAGUAUACAAUUCAUUGCUCCGCUACCGUGUGAUUCUAAUGAACUGUGAGCCAGGAAAAAUUGGCAAUGAGUUUUGCAAUCCUGAGUGCAAGCAUCCAAUGACAGGCUACGAUGGUGGUGACUGCCGUUGGCUGGGGCGCUGCUAUGUCUGGGAGCGUCGGGAUGGAGUUUGCAACAUGGAGUGCAACAAUAUGCUCCACAAUUUUGAUGAUGGAGACUGUUGUAACCCCAGAGUAACUAAUGUAAGAAAAACUUGCUUUGAUCCAGAUUCUCCACAAAGGGCCUAUAUGAGCAUGAAGGAACUUAAGGAGGUCCUUCAGCUGAACAGCACACACUUUGUCAAUAUCUAUUUUGCCAGCUCAGUGCAAGAAGAGCUAGCUGGGGCUGGCACCUGGCCCUGGGACAAGGAUGCCCUUAGCCACCUGGGUGGAGUAGUUCUAAAUCCAGCUUACUACGGGAUGCCAGGUCAUACAAAUACUAUGAUCCAUGAAAUAGGACACGUCUUGGGACUCUAUCAUGUCUUUAAGGGUGUGGAUGAAAAAGACUCCUGUGAUGAUCCAUGCAGGGAGACGACACCAUCCAUGGAAACUGGAGAUCUCUGUGCCGACACUGCACCAACACUCAAAAGCAAAGUCUGUCAGGAUCCAGAACCUAUCAAUGACACCUGUGGCCAUACUUCUUUCUCUGGAACUCCCUUCAGCAAUUAUAUGAGCUACACAGAUGACAAUUGCACAGACAGUUUUACUCCAAAUCAAGUGGCACGAAUGCAUUGCUAUCUGGAUCUGGUGUACCAGCAGUGGACUCAGAGCAGAAAACCCACUCCUGUCCCUUUGCCGCCAAUGGUGGUUGGUCAGAGCCAGGAUAUGCUCACCAUACACUGGCUACCUCCCAUUAGUGGAAUGCUUUAUGAAAGAGAGUCAGGGAACCUCUGCGGAAAUUGUGCUGAAGAUGGAACUUUCAGCCAGUAUGUACAUGAAGCCUCUUCUCCUCUAAUCUGUGACUCUUCUGGCUAUUGGACUCCAAAGGAGGCAGUAGGUCCUCCAGAUGUAACUCAACCCUGUGAAACCAGUUUGCAGGCCUGGAGCCCUGAAUUUAAUCUGUUUAAUGUGAGCAUGGCCACUCCUUGCCUUAAGCCUCUUGGUUGCAUUUUGGAGCUCUACUUUCUAUAUCCUGUGUAUUCUGACUCUUUGCUGAUAUGGACCACAAAUUUCUCCACCAAUUCCAAAGCACUGUCAGACAUUGAGAUCCUGACAGAGCAGGGGGAUUCUGUACACCUUGGACCAAUGGAUACCUUCUGUGACAUUCCCCUCACGGUGAAACUGAACCUAACCAAGAAGGUGUCUGGCAUAAAGAUUUAUACCUUUGACGAGAAGAUGGAGAUAGAUGCUGCGCAGUUGAUCUCCACACCACACAGUCUCCUUUGUUCAAACUGCAAACCUGUGAGGUACAGAAUUCUACGGGACCCCCCAUUCCAAGAUGGAUCCCCAGCAAUGGUGAUGCAGCCAGGAAGAAUGUUUGUUGACAAGGAAGUCACAAUAGGCCAGCGAUACAAGUACCAAGUACAGGCUAUAGCAGGAACUGCUAUAAGUGAAGCCUCCCCGCCUCUGUUCCACAUCCAUGGCUCAUCCUACUGUGGGGAUGGGCAAGUAAGCAGGAGUCUUGUAGAAGAAUGCGAUGAUGGAAACCUAUUAGAUGGGGAUGGUUGCUCUAGAAAUUGUAAAAAAGAAAGAGGAUACCACUGUAUUGGUGAACCAAGUCUAUGCUAUGUCCACGAAGGUGAUGGCAUUUGUGAGCCAUUUGAGGAAAGGAACAGCAUUGUGGAUUGUGGUCUCUUCACCCCAAAAGAUUAUGUGGAUCAGUGGGCAUCAGAUGCCUAUGCAUCCCACCAAGAUGAGAAAACAUGUCCAGUCUCUAUGGUGAUUGGAGAACCUCUUGUGAAGGUGUGCAGGCCCCAUGAUCCAGAGACCCUGGAGAGUGAAUCACAGCUGGCUUGGUUUCCUUGUAUGAAAAAUGAUGUUCUUCAGGAUACAGACAUGGAGAAAGCACAUUUGAAUGACAAAAUUUGGCUGAAAGUGUGUUUCAGCCAACCCAGAAUGGCUACUUCACUCUUUGUUUUCCUGGCAUCUGUGGGUACUUCCAAUGGUGACCAUCUCAAACCGUCCAUGACAAUACACUUGGGUGACAUCAAUGGUCACAACCAUUUCCUUGCUACAUCAGAGCUUUCAUGUCAGCAGAAUCCCCUGGUCAUCAACAUGACUGGAAAAAGUGCCUCCUACCAAAUCACCUAUGCCUUGUUCAACUUCUCCUCUCUCUCUGUGAGCAUCUCUGCAGUGGCUUUGCGAACCCAUUUACCAUUUGACACCUCCAGCCCAAGUAAUUGUCUCCCAGAGCAUGAAGGUCAUGGCUGCCAGAGACACAGCUGCACCCAACAUCCCAACAGCUGCGCCCAACAUACCUGUAGAGAACAGGGAAGCUGUGUCCUUCCACAGAUCCAUCAUGCUACUCUUGCAAACUGUAGCUCCAGUCGUCGAGGCCAUCUAGAAUGUGCUACUUCUUGUGAGAAAGGAUUUGUUCUCCAUGUUAAACAUGGACAAUUGCUGCGCCCAGCACAGAAAGAAAUCUUGCUGACUUGUCUCUCUGGUCACUGGGACAGAUCAGUGACAUGUAACCCUAUUGACUGCCAAUUUCCAGACCAAUCUCACGUUCUUUACGCAGAGUUUUCCUGUCCCAAAGGAACAACAUUUAUGAAGCGAUGCUUCCUUUCCUGUAUCAAGCCAGCAAAACUCCAAGGAAUUAAUCAGUGGAUCACCUGCCUGGAAGAUGGACUCUGGUCACUUCCAGAAGCUUAUUGCAAACUGGAGUGCGACUCUCCGGGUCCCAUUGCCAACGCUGAGCUAUUGGUGCCUCGAUGCAAGCAAGGGAAUCAUGACGUAGGAUCUGUCUGUCGCUACAAGUGUAAGCCUGGAUACCACGUAGCAGAAACAAAAGAGGAAAAGUCCAGGAAAACAUUUUUGAAUAUCCACUGCCUUGAAACUGGCUUCUGGGAGGAAGGGAGCUGCAUUCCUGUGGUUUGUAAACCACCCCCACCAGUCUUUGAAGGGAUGUACAACUGCACCAAUGGCUUUGAGCUUGACAGUCGGUGUGUUCUUAGCUGUGGUCCACAGAGUAAGACGCUUUCCAUUCUUUGCACUAAAAAUGGCUUGUGGACAGAGGAAUUUAAAUUAUGUGAAGAACUGCAGGGAGAGUGUGCACCACCGCAGGAGCUUAAUUCAGUGGAAUACAAGUGUGAACAAGGUUAUGGAAUUGGAGCUUCAUGCACAGCUUCCUGUUUGUUUCUACCUAGAGAUCCUGUGACAUUGCCUGAAAAUGUCACUGCUGAUACCAUGGACCACAGACUGAAUCCUACUAAAGUCCAGAGUAUCGUGUGUACUGGAAGACUGGAAUGGUAUCCUAACCCAAAAUCUAUUCAUUGUAUUAUUUCUUGUGAGCCUUUCCAUGCCGAUGGCUGGUGUGAUACCAUCAACAACCGAGCCUAUUGUCAGUAUGAUGGUGGUGACUGUUGUUCUUCCACAGUCUCCUCAAAAAAGGUUGUUCUGUUUCCCAAUGGCUGUGAUCAGGAUGAGUGCACCUGCCGGGAUCCAGCAGCAGAAGAAAAUCAGUAGCCCGCUGCAACAGCCACCAGGACAUGUUGUGCUGCCAAGGCUCAAAUUGGAGGAAAUUACAAAGGCUUGAGGGAAAGCAUGAAUAGGAGACAGCAAAGGCUGAAGAAAAGGGUUCAAGGGAAGUCAGGUCAUAAAGGUCCUGCACUUGAUGUGUAAGUGCAUAAAGGAGAAAUGAAAUUUUGAAGAAAGAGGUGGAGAAGAGAGUGAGAAAAUGAAACACCCUUACCAUAUUUGGUCAACUUCUUUUCCAUCAGAAUUGAACUACGGUAUUGUCUUGUCAGGUCUGCUGGCAAACUGGAUCUGAACCAAGCCUCAAGGCUACCUUCCAUGCCACGUCAAUGGCUUGCCACCUAAACUGUGUCUUUGCUCUGACAUUUUAUUGAUGUGCGCCUCUCUAGAGCUUGAUUUAGCAAAGCGGUGAGGGAAAUGUGAUCUGUCUGCAAAUAUUUAAACAUAAUUUUAUUACAAAUCUAUAUAAUAUUUUUACUUGCUGUAUAGUAAACUAAAUCAUGCUGCUGUGAAAUACACUACAUUAGAAAUGUGGGAUCAUGUAAUGAACAUUCCCAGAAAUCCAGCAGAAUUCCAAUGGGGCCCUUAUAAAUAUCUAAAUGAAGCAGUAAUUGCUUCCCCCCCCCCAAAUUAUGUCACAUUCAGCUGCAGAAUUAAAAUCGUGUAUGAGAAUGCUCCAUCAAUCAUAUCUGCCUGCACUUCUACCACGAAGAAGCCAUGCUUGGUUUUUUUACUGGGCAUAUAUAAAUACCCAUUCCUCUAUUUCCCAAGCAGCAUUACAAGUAGUAACCUAAAGAAAUGAAAGGCAUAUGAUACAAGAAAAAAGAACCCAUAAAGCUUAAUGUAUUUUAAAACCACACCAGUUACUAUACUUCUUCAUCCAUUUCUACCCUUCCAAAUCACUCGUACUUCUUCUGUGUCAUACACUGCUCUAUUCUGCUGAACUUCUUCUGGGAUGCCUCUUCUGUCAUUCUGAACUCUCACUUCCUUAAUAACGACGAAGGCAGAAGCAUCCUAUUAAACAAAACCAUUUUUGCAUUUGACAAAGAUUUAUUCCACACAACAGACCAAAUACUUGCCAUUAGAUUUUCAUCUAUUUUCCAUUCUUUAGUAAACAUUGUAAGGGGAUACAUAAACUCAUUUACUUUUUCUAGUUUUAAUAUUUAUGUAUGAAUAACAAACAUGCCCUAAACACAGCUUCCUUGACCUUUGAUGCAUCAGUUUUAAAAUCUGUACUGUUAACACUGUCAGCCUACCCACCUAACAUUUGCUGCAACACUUUCAAACAUGUUGCCAACCAAUACACUUCAAGGAUUCCUUAUACAGUACAGUUAUCCAUAAAUAUAGUAAAAGAAGAAUGAGUCACCAGCCCAUGUUUAUUCUGACACAUACUUUUCUUUCAUGACUCCUCUUACCACAUUCACCAAUCAAUUUUCAACUCUAUACUUUCAAAUCAUCCAUGUUUUAAAUGUAUUCACUUCAUUACAUACUUUCUCUAAAUCAGUGUAUAACAUAUUUCUUUUUUGGUGUUUCUGUUUCAUAUUUAUGCAUUUCUUAGUGACCUGAUAAAAACUGGUUGCUCACUGCUUGCCUGGCAUAAAGCUGGAUUGCUUGUUGUUGUGUCUCCUAGCCUUUCAAUUAGAAUUCUCCAAAACAUUUCCCCAAAUACACUUAACAAAUCCCACCAUAAAUGUUUUACUCAGUCUUGCUAUUCUUUCCUUGAAGGAGAGUAGUAAUAACAACAUACAUCCAUUUAUCGAACUCAGAUGCAGCCUUCCCAUUAAAUGAUCCAGCGAUUCUGCAGGCAAACUAAACCUGUGUUUUAAGAUUUAGGCCACCUAUACUUGCAAUUUUACCAUUUCCCAACAGUAAGUAUUUAUGAUAGCCUUUUUAAUCAUUUUUCCUCUUUGAACACUACUAUUUAUAUUUCAAGAUAUAUGUGAUCUCAUUAAGAAUUUUGAUUAUCAUAAUUUCUAAUACCAACUAAAAUACAGAAAAUGAAUAGAAAUAAGUAAAAAGUGCAAAAAAGAAAAAGGUAAUAAAGAAUAUAAUAAAGAGAAAAUAAAUAUAUAAAGAAAUGUCUUCCAACCUUCAUCACAAGUAUAAAGAAAUGUAAUGACCCUUAAUCCACUCUAAGCCUAUCAACAUUUAUCUCUUCAUCCUAUAUACCACCUGUAUCUUAUCUAUAACCAAAUCCAUAAAACACCAUCAUUUCAAUCCUCAUGUCAACACUAAGUGUAUAAAGUGUUACUAGAGGUAAUAACAUAUCUUGUGUUAACCUGGUUCUUGAAUCUUAUAUUCCUUCCUUUUACUUCAAACAAUUCUAAUUUUUAGUUCAUAGAAAUAUUGUUGGAGUUGAUUUCUCUUCAUUUAUUCUUUGUUUAAGGUUUUAACAAGCCUGUUUUGUAAGUCAAGUAGGAAAACAAAAUCUACUCACUCCAAGUCACUCUCUUGGUUUGUCAUUUGUAUUUCCCUUUUAAAUUUUAAAACCUCAACCAGUGUGUUUUGUAGAUCCAGUGAAACAUACUUUUCUAGAUCAUUCUCUUGACGUCUCAGUUGUAAAUCUACUUCAGAUGCCAUCUCUAUUGAGUCAGAUAAACUUUGUUCUUCAUCUGUCAUUUCUUCAGUAACAUAUUUUGGACAUAAUAUAUCCAUGAAAGUAGCCAUCAUUAGUGAUAUGGUUGAUAUUGUGGCUACCAUUUUCUGAUUCCAUUCUUCAAAAGGCUCCUUCAAUAUUUUAUUAUUGUUACAACAUGUUGCAACAUUUUACAGGCUUGUAAAUCUUUCCUCUACCCAAAAUCUUUAGUCCCCUCUAGUGUCCAGUUUUUGAAAUCAUGAAAUUGUUUUUCUUUCUUUUGCCUUCUAAUAAAAGAGUCUAUUUCCCAUUAACUGUGUAUUCAUUAUAAUUAAUUCCAAAAUCUUAUUGCAAAUGUUUCAACAGUCCAAUUUUAUCUAGCCCAUUAGCCAAAUUAUUCCUUUUGUUUUCUCCAUAUGCACAUUAUACAGUAUCUUUCUUCUGUAAUUUUGCAGCAGUCAUUAUUUUAUGUGAUUUUUGUUUGCCUUUGUGACUUCUUAAUUUCAUUUAGCAUUCUUCUGCAUAAUUCCAUUAGCAGAAUUCCACAUACUUUUGUAGCCCUGUGUAAUGUAAUUCUUUUCUCUUGGUUCCAAUCAGCUUCUACAUCUUAUUUUAGGUCUUUUUGUGGUUAUUCUGUUUGAAGAGUAAACUACCUUUCACACAGAACUUGUACUUCCUCUUUUUGCAGGUCAGAAAAGGAAAGGAUAGUGUUGUUAACUAAAAACCUUUUAGCCAAUUUUGUACAUUGAUGUAGAAAGAUUGUAUGCCUUCAGGGAAUAAUAGCCUGAAGAGAUGCAAUUCAGGGAAAGUAUUACUGCUUGAUUUUGCUCAUUGUAUAUAUGGCCUCAUCAUGGGUAUUCAAAGUAUGCUUCCACAUUUUUUAAAUAUAAGCCUAUAAAGGAAACUUUACAUCAAUAUAUAUAAACCGCAAAGCAAUUCUUAACCAUUAGUGACUAACCAACUUUCUCAAUCCGUGUUUUAUCUAUUUAAAUCCAGAAAGACAACUUUAUGAAAACUUUCUGAAUGGUCACUACUGAUAGGCUUUUCCUCAUCGCUAGACAUAUUUGAUCAGACACUGUCUAGCACAUUUAGUAUUUACUUCGUGAUGCAGAAUUACAAUAGAGUAGUUCUUGCAGGUGUUUUUUUUUAAAGAGGUUUUGAAUUAUAGUAUAAAAAUGUCAACCUGGUAUAAAAUCUAUAACAAAAUUUAUCAUGCAUCCCUUGAGUCUGACACCUUAAUUGCCUCAUUUUAGUCUUCAUCUGGGAAUGAUGACAUUUGUACGGAUAAUGGGGUAAUUUCAUCUCUUUCUGGCCCAUCUACAAUUUUUUAAAGAAGUUUGAAUGCUAAAUUAACCCAAGUGUGACACUUUAAAAGCCCACAGAAAUACGAUUUGGUUAACAUGGCUUACUGGGCUGAAGGACUUGAACAUUCUGAGAUGUUCACCAUAUGGAAAGUUCUGUGUGACCUGCAACCAUCUAUCUGGGUUCACAAGGAAUUGCUAUGGCUCUGCAACGGUUGCCUUCUCCAAGCAAAGUACAGUUGGGAACUCUAGCAGAGAGAGAAAGUGCUUGAAGUUACCUACUUCUGUAGUCAGUGAUAAUUUUCUUAAAAUAUCAAAUUAUGUCUUCUCGUAUUUGACCCAGAGAUUUAUAAUCUGCAUCUAAGUAGAAACAGAUGUUUGAAAUAUGAUUGCAUUGUUAGGUAAUCUGGAAUAAGUUCUACUGCCUGGAUUUGUGUUCACUAAUAUGUAUUUAAAUCAAAGUGUAUAUGAAGGGGAAAUUAUUUAAGGGCAGAGAAGCAUUGAUAUCUAACCCAGAGAAAUCCAUAGACCUUCUAGAAUUAUGCAAGCAUGUCACUGUUUGUAGUUUAUGCACCAGGCGUCGGCCACCACAGCACACAAUUUUAAUUGGGGAAGUUCCAACCACCCUCUACAAAUCAGAAUUUUAUUUCCCUUUUUUAAAAUAAGUUUUUCAGAUAAAAAAAAUGUAAAGAGCUGUAUCUUUAUUUAUUGGUUAUUAUGGAUGAAGCAUAUAUACAGUAUUUAGGAACUCAUGUAUUAUAUUGGUACUCUCUCCAGAGGGUGAAAUGAGAUUGAAUGGGAUGGUGAUUUCCACAGCAGCACAAUCCCUUUUUGUUUGUGUUUCAUUUGAAACGAUGUUAUGAGAAACAAGAUUCCCUUUAUUACAAGCACCAUGGAGAUAAAGACAUUGUUGGGGGGAGGGAAUCCAGAGGAAGGCUUAAUCUCCUCUCCCCUAUUAAUGCUGCUUACCAGGUCAUUCUAGAGCAGGGAUGUCAAACUCGAUUUCAUUGAGGGCCACAUCAGGGUUGUGUUUAACCUCGGGGGGCCAGGGGGGGCAUGGCCAGCUCGACGUCACUCAUGUCGUGUGUGACCCAAGGGCUCUGCCAGCGAAAACAGGCUCCCGAGCUACAUUUUCAGCUGCGACAGCCUCUUGCAACCCUCCGCCAAUGAAAACAGAGCUCAGGAGGUCCCAAGCUCCAUUUUCACUAGCAGAGGCACUGUGGCCCGGUCCCCCUCUGUUUCCAGGGUGGCCCCACGGGCCAGAUUUAAACAUCCCAUGGGCUUUGAGUUUGACACCCCUGUACUGGAGUAUGCAGUGGUCACCCAAAGUGGUUUUUUUAGGAAACACUGGGGGCUCCUCAGUAAGGAACAAGUGCAAAGUUCAUCUUGAUGCCUGCUAAGCAUUACUCUAGUUUAACCCAUAGUGGUAGAGAUGCUUUAAGGAUUGGUCAUAAGAAAUUGGUCAUUUUCUGGUAUUUGAGGCAAGAUGUAUUCUGUACUCCCAACUGCUGUGUCUUUGACACUUCAGUGACGUCUUAUGAUACUGCCUGAGUUUCUGAAGUUCAACUCCAACUCUAUCAAAUGUUACAGAUGUCACAGAUUGGCCGCCUUUCACCCACUGACUGGAUGGUUUUUCUUAUUGCUUAAAAUAGCAUUAAACUAAUUAAUUAUCUCAAAUUAGGCGCUGAAGACUUAGUUGUAUUUCUGAAAAUAGAGCAUUGAGUACAAAGAUUUAUUACAUUCCUGCACUAGAGCUGAUUGAAAAUAUCAAUUAAGGAAAGGUCAUUUUAGUGAAUUGCUCAUUUUUACAGUAUGAGAAUACAGGAUUGCCUUUAGCAACAUAGCACAUCACGUCCCCUUUUAGAAGGACAGCUUUAUUCACAGUCAAGGCUGCUGCUAUUUUUUGUUUUUGUUUUGUAUUUGAUGAUUAUUUUUUAUAAAA